AUGCAAUAUAUAAAUUAUUUAAAGGAAUUAAUUGGAAACUAUUUCUAGCCGAAGGAAGAGGUGGUUUUCAUAGAGGAAAAAGUUGAAAGCAUAGAAUUUGAUAGGGAUGUUGAAAUCAUUCAAUACAGAUUUUAAAAAAAGAUAAAUAAAGAAACUCAAACUUAUAAAAGGAUUAGCAAAUUUAAAUGGGUGAUAUUGAAGAGAUUAGUAUUGAAAUAUAAAAAUGGUCGAUAGAAAAAUCAAUAUAAUAGGGAUUUUUUGAAAUGA